GUAGUAGUAAAAUAAUUAAAACAAAAAUCUCCCUCUUCAAAAUUUCUCAUUUCUCUCUCUUUCUCUCUCCUCUGCCCGUCUCGCCCCUCUCCUGUGAGCAGCUGCAAACAAUGGGCAACAACAGCGGCGCUUCCUCCUCUUCAGCUUCUAGGGUUUCGAUCCCAAACAAUGUCCGCAAAACCAUUCAGCACAUCAAAGAAAUCACCAGUAAUCACAGCGAAGAAGACAUCUAUUCUAUGCUUAAAGAAUGUUCCAUGGAUCCUAACGAAACCACUCAGAGGCUCCUCCAUCUUGAUACGUUUCAUGAGGUGAAAAGCAAGCGGGAUAAGAGAAAGGAGACAGUGAAGAGCAGACCAGGAGAAGAGUCUAGGUGGAAACCUGGUCAUCAAGGGCGAGGAAAUAGGAAUGCUCGAGGGAACUCCUUUUCACAGUACACUUCUAAUGGGGGUCAGAGGACAGCUGCAAUGCGUAAGGAGAAUGGAGUAGACGAGAGUAGAGGAAGAGGUUUCAAGCACUCUACUGUGCCUAUUUCCAAAGAAACAGAUUCUGUUCAACCACGUAAUCUAGAAAAGUCUUCUUCCACCGUCGUGGAUGGGCCACUAGAGCUUCCUAAUGGUAGCCUCAGUGGUGGCCGUAGUGUCCAGUCAUCUAGAGUAGGUCAAACCUACCCACCCAACAAAAAAAAUGUUGCUAGUGCAGACAAUACAGGUAGCAUAGUGCCCAAGGCAAGUGCUGAAAAUGCACCCUCUGCUUCAGAUCCUGUGCUGGUGUCCCCAUGUGAUUCACGGGUUACUGCAGUUGGCUCUAUCAAACGUGAAGUGCAAGUUCAACAUGCGUCUGCUGAAACAAGGUCUCCUGUUCCUGUUGAUAUAGUGCUUGUUACCACUGAAUCUGUAAGCGAUAGUCAUUUGAACCAGAAUGGACCCCAAAAUGUGGUCAGCUCUCCGGUAUCUACAUCUACAAGUGAAAAGAAGCCGUUAGAACUUGUAGAAGUUGAACAUCCAAAGAUAUCUGGUGAAUUCCCUGUAUCUGAAAAGAAUCAUGUUUCCGACAUUGUUACAAUUGUCAAGCCUUCCUCACCACAAGGUAUUGACCCAUUGGGAGGUGUGAAGAAUGCAACCACAAAGCUUGAGAAGUUGAAAUUUUCUGAUGGUCAACAUGUCAUCAUACCGCAGCAUAUCCAAGUCCCUGAUGCCGUAAAGAAUGUAUUAAGCUUUGGAAGCCUUGAUGCAAGUUUUGGGGUCAGGGAGAACUGUGUAGUAGACGGUGAAAGCAAUGGGAGCUUUAACCCUGUUACCGAUUCAGUUCACGAGGAACCUGUCAGCGAGCUUUCUUUAUGUGAUCAAGAUGCAGUUUCUACUGCACCAAAUGCGAACCAUGCAGAUCAUUCACAAUCACCUUCUCAUUUACCGGGCAAGAAUUCAUCCAUUGAUACCGAAGUAUCUUCUGCUGCUAUAGUUGCAAAAGAUGAUCAGCCAAAGCAAGAAGAGACUUUACCAGCUGUAGGCCCCCCGUUUCCUGUUGUUCAAACUGCUCCAAGCUACAACUUUGGCUUCAUGCCUCCCAUGUUGGCGAAUAUGCUUGUCCAACCAGAAGGAUUUGAGUCCCAAACUCAUGUUUCAAACUCUCUGGGUGGGAGUUCUCUGGCUAUGCCUACUACCGUAUCCACCCCUCCUCCGACGCAGUCUGCUGCCGGACAGAGCUCUUCAUCAGUAUCUCCCCAGCCAAUUCCUCUUUUCCGCCAACCUUACCCUCCUAACUUUAUACCGUAUAGUCAUUACUAUUCUCCAUUUUAUGUGCCUCCUGCAAUGCAUCAGUAUUAUGGUCACACUGCAUUCCCCCCACCACUUCCAACUGGUAAUAUGUAUCUACCACCACCACCUAACGCUGCAGCAGGAAUGAAAAUUUCUCCUGCACAUUUUAAGCCAGGGACCAAUAUAGGAAACCAAGUUCCCGUAGGUGUGCCAUCUGGCUACGGGCCAUAUGGCACUUCUUUUGUUGGCUACAGCCAAAGUGCUGCUGCCGCUGUGACUUCGGGAAAUUCAAGUAACGGUGAAGAUCUUGGCCCACCUGCCCUUAAAGAAAAUAAUAUAUUCCCAGGACAACAGAGUGAAGGUUCAGAUGUUUGGCUUCAUCAUGCAGCAGCAGCAGCAGGUCGAGAUACAACAAACUUCCCGUUGAACCAUUUCUUAAAUUUCCCUCCACAGGGACAGCAUCUACCUCUGAACCCUCAGUCCGGACAUGGUGGCUAUGCUUUCUAUCACGCACUGCAACCCAUGGGAAGCCCAGCACCGGGCCUUCCUCUGUUGCAGCAGUCUCAACCCGUGCCAGGAUCAACGGAAUCAGCGGGCCCCCCACCUUCGAAUUCCUAUCAACAGCUGCAACGCCAGCAGCAGCAGAUCAACUGGAACAACAUGUAGUUUUCAAAUGUAAGAGUUCUUAAAUUCUACAGCAGCAAUACUCAGGUACAUGACUAGAAUGGUCUUUUUGAAGCCUUGUGAAGGGGAGGAGAGAUGAUAUACUACAUUCGGCCUGCUCAUAGUGUAAAUAUGGAACUACUCGUGGCCGUGAAUUUGAAAAGAAAAAGGAAAAAAGGAAAAAAGAUAGGUGAGUAGAUUUCUCUGUUGAUCCCCAUUGAUAUGCAACCGCUUUCGGAAUAGGGUUACUAGGAGUUGUUAAUGGCUUUCCAAUUUAUAACAUUUUGAUUCUUUUUGGAUUGGAGGCUGAUAGGAAACCUGGAGAAGUAUGAACAAAUGAAUUCCUGUUUUUGUCAUUGGAAAAAUCAUCUUCUCCUGUAAAUUGGAUUUUGGUGACACAAGGUGGGAUUAUAGAUUUUGUAAUUGGUAGAAAAAACAAAAUCAGUAUUAUUAGUUUGUUAUUUUAGUCAUUCAA